AUGGCCCAGGGAAUUGCAGACAUCGACGAUUGGGUCAAAAUGCCUUAUCUUAUUGGCACAGCACAAAACCAGUUUUACGAAAACUACCAGGAACAAGCAUUCAGAACUUGCCAUAUUUUUAACAGACCUGAUGUCUGUUGGGAGACUAGAAGCUUGAAAUCCUUAUCUGAUUGGAGUUGUGAUCCAGGCGGUCCAUGCUGUACCUGCGACUGUGAUUGCCAGCCUGCUCCGAGGGUCAACGCGCAGCCGGUUGGAUAUUUCUGCAAAUCCCAGGAUAAUGUCAAUGUUCCUGACGGCACACACUCACAGAGCCGCGGGGUAGGUCAAGGACUGCCAGACACUUUCUACGCUCAUUAUCAACCCAACACCUAUCGCAGUCAUAUGAGAGAACCAGGUGUCUUGUAUGGCAAACAAGAGGUCUUGUCAGUUGAGGAUAUGAUCUACCAUAGCGCCAAAGAGCAGCGGUACAAUAAUGAUGCUCAGAGAAGAAUUCAAGAUUGGGUACGACUCAUGCCUGAACUCGUUGGCAACAGCAAGACCUUAUCCUCAACACACCGCAUGUCGAAGAGAUGCACCAGGAACAACAAUAAAGAAGACAAAAAACAAGGCGUACACAAAGACAAGAAGAAAGAGAAGAACAAGGGGGAUGGGGGCAAAAGAAACCAGAGAGACACGUUCACGCGACGAUCCCACUGA